AUGGCAUCCGAGCAGCGUGUUACUGUUGGCAUCAUUGGCGGCGGCCCGGCUGGCCUGACGCUCGCCAACAUGCUCGAGCAAUCUGGAAUCUCGUACACUCUCUUUGAAGCUCGCGAUGACAUUGCUCCCCCAGAGGGAGCCAGUCUCGGCUUGAUGCCGAAUGGUCUGCGCAUUCUUGAUCAGAUCGGACUCAUUGACGAGGUUGAAGAGUACGCAGUCGCACACGAUUACUGGGAGCUGCGUGACGGCAACGGCACCCUCUACAACACUUUGCACGCAAUGAGGUCCUACCCGGAUAUCCUUGGCUACGGAGGAUACUUCAUGGAGAGACAGCGGGUCCUCGAGAUCCUCUACGAGGGCGUCAAGGACAAAACCCGCAUCCUCACGGGCAAGACGGUGUGCUCGGUGCAGAGCAGCAGCAGUCACGCCACCAUCACCACGACCGACGGCGACCAGGUCAAGUGCGACUUCCUAGUGGGCGCCGACGGCAUUCGGAGUCUUGUGCGGCGGGAAAUCGAGGGUGCGCUGCCGCAGCUCCACCAGACACCUGACAACUUCGCUACCAAAUACGGCUGCGUGUACGGCAUCUCCAACGCGCUGCCGCAGAUCAACCCGGGGCGAGCCUUCACCAUCCACCAAUCCGGCGCGUCGGUCCUGAUCUUCUCGGGCGCGGGCGGGACCAUGUACUGGUUUCUCUUCGUCGAUCUGCACGAGACCAUCGGCUUCGAUGCGGCCAAGAGGAAGUACACGGACGACGAUCUCCAGGCGGCCUACGCCCUCGUGGCCGACGCGACCGUCACGCCGGGGGUCAAGUUCUCCGACGUCUUCGGCGCCAAGCGCGUCGCCGUCAUGACGGGACUGGAGGAGGGUGUUGCCGACGUGUGGUGCUGGGACCGCAUGCUGCUGCUGGGUGACUCAGCGCACAAGAUGACCCCUCACGCCGCCAUGGGCGCCAUGCAAGCCAUGGAAUCCGCCGCGUGCUUCACCAGCCUCCUGCUCGCCCUGCGCGCGUCGCACCCGGACUUCUUCAGCUGCCCCGAAACCAGCAGCAGCACCGCCGUCCCGCAGUCCGACGUCGAGCAGCUGCUGGCCACCUACCAGCAGCGCCGCCACGCCCGCGCCGCCAGCGUCGUCAACGGCGCCCACUUCCACUGCGAGACGCAGCUCAAGGUCGCCACCCCCAUGACUGACCAGUUCUACCAGCGCCUGCCGCACCUCACCAACGAGCUGUGGCUGAACAUGACCCUCGACAGCCUGUGCCGCGCCGACAUGCUCGAGGGCUGGCCCGAGGAGCGCAACAGCGCCCGCGUGAACCGCUACACCGAGUCGUCGCGCCGCUUCCUCGAGGGCAUGGCCAGGAAGAAGGAGGCCAUGGCGGCGGCGGCGGCGGCCAAGGCUGCUGCGGCUGCGGCUGCGGCGCAGCAGAGCGCCGGGAACGGCGUUGGUGGAGCCGUUGUGGCAGAGCAGCCCGAGAAGCGGGCUGAGAUGGUGUCAACGGCCGCUUGA